AUGACCGGCAACGGCAGCGCGGGAACCGGCAACGGCCGCAAGGGCCGUGGCGUCUCGUGGCGGCUCCAGGAAACCUUGAAUCUCCUGGACAUCUGGGGGGAGCAGAAAAUACAGGACCAGCUUCGCAACAGCCACCAGAACAUAGACUUCUUCGAAUACAUCGCCCAGAAGAUGGCCGCGCGGGGUCACCGCCGGACCGCCUUGGAGUGCCGCUCGAAGACCAAAGUGAUGAGGCUGGAAUACAAGCGUGUGAUUGAUCACAACUCCAAGGCAGGGAGCAGCAAGGUGACCUGCCCUUUCUAUGAACAGCUGCACCGCAUUCUCCAAGGGAAUGCGAGCAUGAAGCCAAGCCGGGUCGGGCGAACCCUGAGCUUCCACCUGGUGCCGCAGCCGGAAGCAGUGCAGGAACAGCCGCAGCCGCCAGCGGAAGAAAUCAUCCCACCGGACGUCCAUGUGGUUAAUGUCGGAGAAUACCUCAAGCAAGAGGACUCUGAUGACACAGGAAUGGUGACUGGGAAUGGUACUGAGGAAGACAUGGCAGAGGCUGGGGAGAACGACGUGGCAGCAAUGAAGGAGGAAGACAGCAAUGAAGGCAGUGGAAGAGACCUGGAUUAUCAGAGACCCCAAGUUAACCAAAUAAGCCCCUUGCACCAGGAUGCCCCCGUCAACACAGAACCCCCCGUGGCUCACCCGCCACCAGCCCGGUCUCCCCUGGCUGACUUUGCCAUACUGCGGCCCAAAAAGAGGAAGGGGGCCGAGACCCUGUUCCAGGAGUUACUGCAGCAGUCGAGAGAGGAGCAGGAGGAGCUGCUCCUCGAGAUGGGCCGCGACAGAGAGGUGGCGCUCAGUCUCCUGAAAACCCUGAGGCAGGACGCGGCCGGGUGCCGGGAGGAGAGGAGGCAGAUUAUGGAGACGAUGCGCGCCCACAACGAGGUUCUGAAGGGACUCGCCGCCAACCUCAACAGCCUCACCGACGCCUUUGUGAGCCACCCGCAGGCCAGGACGCCUCGCCCCAGCGUGCCCAACAGCGCCACGGCCCAGAGGGGCCACGCGAGGCCGAAUGACGAGAACUGCAGCCCGCGGAGCCCCCUCCGCCGGUUGCAUUCCAACAACCUGUCCUCUCUGCUGUUCCCCGCCAACAACGCGCACCACAUGGCCUAGCCCCGGGGAGACCCACAAAAUGGCGGUCGCGAGCGGCGGCCACGGAAACUUGUGUUUUUACCAAGAGACCUUUUUCCAGUAAGUUUUUGAAAACAGGUUGUUGUGAAAGAACGGGUAGCUUGAAAUAAACUCGUUGCGGAAAAAGGAA